AUGUGCGACACCAGCUCCUACACAGGCGGCCAGGCUGGCUGCUGCUUGCCCAGCCCUUGCCAGUCCUCCAUGUGCCUGCCCGUGAGCUGCAAGCCAGCUGUGUAUGUACCCGUGAGGUGCCAGUCCUCCAUGUGCCUGCCCGUGAGCUGCAGGCCCACUGUGUGCAUGGCCCCCUCCUGCCAGUCCUCCAUGUACUUGCCCGUGAGCUGCAAGCCAGCUGUGUAUGUACCUGUGAGGUGCCAGGUGCCCUGCUGGCCUGUGAGCUGCAGACCUACUGUGUGCAUGGCUCCCUCCUGCCAGCCCUCCGUGUGCCUGCCCGUGAGCUGCAAGCCCCAGGUCGUGUGUGUGGCCUCCUCCUGCCAGUCCUCUGGGUGUGCCCAGCCCUCCUGCCCCGCCCUGGUCUGA